CAAUAAUUCAGAGAAAAUAGAUAAUGUUGUGUUAGGCACAAAAAACAAUUUUAAUAGAGUUCAUGAACGAUCAUGAAGAGUUACGUAAUGGCAAAUUUUACGGUAAAAACAGAUCAGCAACUUUGGGAAGAAGUAACUUCCCUGUUAAAUAGCGUCCCAAAUGGACAAACCAAAGACUGGAAGAAAUGGAGGAAAACAUGGCAAGAUUUGAAAAAAAAAACAAAGGCAAAAAAAGUCGCAAUAAAUCGACACCUUAAUAUGACGGGAGGGGACCCAUCCUGCUCCCAAAAUCUUGAUGACAUGGAAAUGAAGGUAUUAGGAAUGAUGAACCCUGUUCAAAUAGAGGGUUUAGGAGGUGGAGAAACACCACUUCAGUUUUCAUUUGAUGACAUAGAUGAAGUUUUGGUAGUAGACAAUACCAUAAAACAGGUUUUAGACCAACCUAGUAAAACGGGGGAACAAAAUGAUAAGAAAGAUCAACACAACUAUAGUUUGAAAUUUCCUACUUCACAUAGACAAAAAGGCGGGGCUCCAAAAAAAAAUGACAAAAACAUCUAG